UAGUGGGACAACCAAAGCAGCGCUCGCGAGGGGAAGCGCGGUAUUCAUUAAAAACAGCGUCCAGCCUGUCCCUUUGCUUCCGAGCAUUGUGACGAAGCGCAGAGUUAGGAACAUGGCGGAUAAAGAGGUGUACGACGAUGCGGUGGAGGAACGAGUCAUCAAUGAGGAGUACAAGAUCUGGAAGAAAAACACACCUUUCCUGUAUGACCUGGUGAUGACUCAUGCUCUAGAGUGGCCGAGCCUCACUGUCCAGUGGCUUCCAGAUGUCAACAGGCCAGAGGGGAAGGACUACGCCGUUCACAGGCUGGUUUUGGGGACCCAUACAUCAGAUGAGCAGAACCACCUUGUGAUCGCCAGCGUCCAGGUACCGAAUGAUGACGCCCAGUUCGAUGCCUCGCACUACGACAGCGAGAAAGGAGCAGAGUUUGGCGGAUUUGGUUCAGUAAGCGGGAAGAUUGAGAUUGAGAUCAAGAUCAAUCACGAGGGAGAAGUCAACCGAGCCCGCUACAUGCCCCAGAACCACUGCAUCAUCGCCACCAAGACCCCCACCUGUGACGUGCUGGUCUUCGACUACAACAAGCACCCAUCAAAGCCAGAUCCCAGUGGGGAGUGUAGUCCUGACCUCAGGCUGAAAGGCCACCAGAAAGAAGGGUAUGGCCUCUCCUGGAAUCCCAACCUCAGCGGCAACCUGCUCAGCGCCUCCGACGACCACACCAUCUGUCUUUGGGACAUCGGCGCCGGCCCAAAGGAAAGGAAGAUCGUGGACGCGAAGACCAUCUUCACCGGCCACACGGCGGUGGUGGAGGACGUCUCCUGGCAUCUGCUCCACGAGUCUCUGUUCGGCUCCGUCGCCGACGACCAGAAGCUCAUGAUAUGGGACACCCGGUCCAACACCACGUCCAAAGCCAGCCACGCGGUCGAUGCUCACACUGCCGAGGUCAACUGCCUGAGCUUCAACCCCUACAGCGAGUUCAUCCUCGCCACGGGUUCUGCCGAUAAGACCGUGGCGCUGUGGGAUCUGAGGAACCUCAAACUGAAGCUCCACUCCUUUGAGUCCCACAAAGACGAAAUCUUCCAGGUCCAAUGGUCUCCUCACAACGAGACCAUUCUGGCGUCCAGCGGCACCGACCGGCGUCUCAACGUCUGGGAUCUCAGUAAAAUUGGGGAGGAGCAGUCUGCAGAAGAUGCUGAGGACGGCCCACCGGAGCUGCUGUUCAUCCACGGCGGCCACACAGCCAAGAUCUCCGACUUCUCCUGGAACCCCAACGAGCCCUGGGUCAUCUGCUCGGUGUCCGAGGACAACAUCAUGCAAGUCUGGCAGAUGGCGGAGAACAUCUACAACGACGAGGAGCCAGACAACACCCCUGCAUCAGAGCUGGAGGCUCAGGGUUUAUAACCCGGCUCUGCACGAGACCUCCGCCUAUCACCCCCCCGCCCGUCAUUAUCCCUCCCCGGCUUCUCAAGUGCAAAAGUAAAAGUCUGCUCUCCACACAAACGAACAUUAAGAGUCGGAGACGAGGCGGUUGGAUUCCAGCUCAUCUCGCUCACACGUCACCACGGCCCAGGUGCCCAGCGGCACGUGGGAGGGGCUUAAGAGUUGAACAUGUCGUACCAGCUCAGGCGGUAGACCCAUGGGGGUCUUUGAAGAUUUUAAAGUACAGGAAACCUUCAGGUGCACAAGUCACGGAGCUGUUAAGGCCAGUCAAAGGGCUCAUGCAGGGACGUGUCAUUUCAGUUUGACUUUGUCGGCUUCAGAAACCAAUAGGAAACCCCAAAUGCCCAUCUCCAGUCUUUUAUACUUUAUCUCCCAUAAUAAUCGUACUCAACACAUUAAUGGCGCCCUUUGAAGAAAACGAAUCCCUGCUGUCCGUGCCUCCUGUUCACAAGGUACAUAAGCUCUUCAGUCUUUGGUUGAGUGAAGGUGUGGGUCUCAAUUGGUGCACUUGAGGGAAGAAAAAACAUGUUUCCUCCUCCUUUUGUUACAUAAUGUGAAUUGUUUUCUGCACCACAAAUUGCAAUAAAAUUUUUAUAACUU